CAAAAAAAGCAGCCAUUCAUUAUGGAACCACCAUCAUCAUCAUUAUCUACACCAAGUUUAACAUUGAAAACAACAAAAUCAAUCGAUAAUAAUAAUGAUGAUAAAAUCAUUAAUUGUAAUUCAAAUCAUCGACAAAAUAAUACACAAUGUUGUCAAUGUGAUUUAUCCUUAAUUAUUGAUCAAUAUGGUGAACAAUUACGUGGACCAAAAGGUGAUCCAGGACCAAGAGGUUUACCAGGAUCAAUUGGUUUGCCUGGACCACCUGGACUGUCAUCAUUAUCAUCCGGUUUAUCAUUUGAUAAACGAUCAUCAUUCGAUAAUGAUCAUUCGAUUAUGGAUCCAUCAAUUACAUAUAUGGCUGGUCGUAUUGGUGAACCAGGACCACCUGGUCCACGUGGUUUUCCCGGACAUAAAGGUGAAAAAGGUGAAUCUGGAAUCGGUAUUCGUGGUGCUAAAGGUGAUCGUGGUCGACGUGGAAAAAUUGGAAAAACUGGUCCAAUGGGUCCAAAAGGACCAAAAGGAGAUCCUAUUAAAAUUCAAGAAAUCAAACGUCUAAUGAUGGAAAAUGGUAUUAAAGGAGAAAAAGGUGAACCAGCCAAUAAUGUUGUUAUUCCAUAUGAUAAUCAUUGGUCAUCCGAAUCACGAUCACGUCAUAAUCAUGUGAAACCAUAUGAUUCUGAUCAUGGUGAAUCAAAAAACACUGUAAUGAUAAUCAAUGAUAUGGAUGAACUUCAAUCAUCAUCAUUAUCGAAUACUAAUCAAGGAAUGUUAGCAUUUGUUAUUAGUGAACAAUCAUUAUUAUUACGUGUAACAAAUGGUUGGCAAUAUAUAUCGCUUGGACGUGUAAUCAAACCGAAUGAAAAUAGCCUACAAACCAACAAGAUUUCGAAUGAUGGUACAACGAUUGAAUCGGUAUCUGGAAAUUCUUUGGAUGAAUAUAAUGUACCUUCUUCGUCUUCGGUAACGAAUCGACAUAUAUUACAUGAACGAAAGCUUCGUUUGGUUGCAUUAAAUCAACCAUAUACAGGAGAUAUGCAUGGUGUACGAGAUGUUGAUUAUGAAUGUUUUCGACAAUCACGACGUGCCAAUUUAAAAGGUACAUUUCGUGCAUUCAUUACAUCACGUGUUCAAAAUUUGGAUAGUCUUGUACGACCACGUGAUACACGUUUACCGGUGGUCAAUUUAAAAGAUGAAUUAUUAUUCAAUCAAGUACGAGAUAUGUUUACCGGUUGGAGUGCACCAUUUCCAUAUCCACCAAAAAUCUAUAGUUUUGAUGGUCGUAAUAUAUUUACUGAUCAACAAUGGCCACAGAAAUUAAUAUGGCAUGGUUCGGAUAAAAAUGGUAUACGUAAUAUGGAAGCAUCAUGUGAUUCAUGGACAACUAAUUCUAUAUCACGAUCCGGUAUGGCCAGUAAUCUAUUACGUGGAAAAUUAUUAGAUCAGGAAAAAUAUUCCUGUAACAAUGCAUUCAUUGUACUUUGUAUCGAAGUUACUACUGAACGUGAAUGAAUGAAUCAAUGUCAAUCAUCUUCAGCUAUUUGAUUUAAUCAUCUCUCUUUUUUGAUACUUAUGACUUUUUUUCUGGCUUAUCUAUUCAAUCAAAU